UCAUGAAGUCUUUUGAGCGCCUGGUCCUCCCUCAUCUCAAGUCCUUCACCUCCCCCCUCCUGGACCCUCUGCAGUUCGCAUACAGAGCUAAUAGGUCUGUAGACGACGCCAUCAACCUGGCCCUCCACUUCAUCCUGCAGCACCUGGACUCCCCGGGAACCUACGCUAGGAUCCUGUUUGUGGACUUCAGCUCUGCGUUCAAUACCAUCCUCCCUGCUCUGCUCCAGGACAAGCUCUCCAUGCUCAACGUACCCAAUUCAACCUGCAGGUGGAUCACUGACUUCCUGACGGACCGAAGGCAGUGCGUGCGGCUGGGGAAGAAUGUUUCCACAAUUCAGACAAUUAGCACAGGAUCUCCACAGGGCUGUGUACUUUCUCCUCUGCUCUUCUCCCUGUACACAAACUGCUGCACCUCGAGCCAUGACUCCGUUAAACUGAUCAAGUUUGCGGACGACACCACCCUCAUCGGGCUCAUCUCUGACGGUGAUGAGUCCGCCUACAGGAGGGAGGUGGAACGGCUGGCGUACUGGUGCAGCAGCAACAAUCUGGAGCUCAAUGCUCAGAAGACAGUGGAGAUGAUUGUGGACUUCAGGGAAGUCACAGCCCCAUCUCUCCCCCUCGUCCUGACGGACACCCCCGUCACCACUGUGGACUCCUUCCGCUUCCUCUGAACCACCAUCACACAGGACCUUAGGUGGGAGCCAUCCAUCAGCUCCCUGCUCAGAAAGGCCCAGCAGAGGAUGUACUUUCUGCGGCAGUUGAAAAAGGCCAAGCUGCCGGCCCAGAUGAUGGUGCAGUUUUACACGGCCAUCAUUGAGUCCAUCCUCACCUCCUCCAUCACUGUGUGGUACGCUGGAGCCACGGUGAGGGACAAACAUAGACUGCAGCGCAUUGUGCGCUCCGCUGAGAAGGUGAUUGGCUGCAGCCUUCCAUCUCUCCAGGACCUGUACGUCUCCAGAACUCGGGGGAGUGCAGGCCGUAUAGCAGCUGACCCUUCUCACCCGGGACACAGACUUUUCGAGCCGCUUCCCUCAGGCAGGAGGUUACGGUCCAUCCAGACCAGAACCUCCCGCCAUAAGAACAGCUUCUUUCCAUCUGCCGUUAGACUUGUGAACAGCUUAUAAAUACACAACCAUGUUCGUCUGCUGUACUUGACAUAACGUCACGUUACCGGCCAUGUUACCAUUACCUGCCUUUUUUAUAGCUGAAUGUUUUAUGCUAGUUUCAUUAUAUUUUAUUCUACUUAUUCUAUUUCUGAAAUUUAUUAUUCAUGUUAUAUGUAGCACAUUAGUACCAAAACAAGUUCCUAGUUUGUGAACUGCUUGUUCACUGACAAUGGCAAUAAACCUUUUUUGAUUCUGAUUAAAGAUGACAGUAUUAUGUUGGGGGUGUUGUUGGGAGUUGUUGAAUAUAACUAAAAAAGUAACUUGUAAUAUAAUUUAGUUACUUUAAAGACCAAGUCAUCAGUAAAGGAACUGUUAACUUUGAACCGACUGCCAGUAAUCAGAUUACUUUUCAAAGCAACUGUUGAAACACUGACAGUGACAAACCCAGGUAAGAAGCAAACCACCUUAAUGGUAGUACAUAUCCCUAAACCAGGGGUAGGCAACCCUGGUGCUAGAGCCAUAGUCCUGCAUGUUUCCAGCCAUGCAUGAACUUGCAGCUUCUAAUUGGCUGAACACACCCGAUUCAGGUAAUCAACAACAGGAACAACAACGAUAGUUGUAAAACAAGAAGGACUGUGGCUCUCUAGGAUCAGGGUUGCCUACCCCUGCCCUAAACAAACCCAAAGCCACCAUUCCCAGGCUAUGUACAGGCUCAGAUCUUAAUUGUCUUGCUUAUUUUUUUUUUUCCAUUUCACAGAUGAAGCUUUAGGAUGUUGGGUUGGAUUUAGCCAUUUAAAGGAGCCAUAUCAUGAAAAAUCCACUUUUUUGAGCUUUUAACCAUGUGUUAUUAUUUCCUCAAGAAAAAUACCCCCAAUCCUGCUGUUGGCUGCAUUCAUGCAUUUUUCUGUCUCAGCUGCAAGUUUUCAGAUUUUUUGGAAAAGCCUGCACACACAAGGAUGGAAACUAAAUGUCUUCCCCAUGAAGUUAGUCUCGGAUCUGAAACCUGCCUCAACUGGAAGUAGGCAACUAGUGGCCACUUACUUAAAGAAAACCCCUCAUAUAAGAUAAAUUACAUCUCAAUAGUACCAUCAGUAAUGUUUUAUCAUAUAUUGAGCUUACCUUUGCUCUCAAAGGCAUAAAAUAGCACAAUCUGGCUCCUUUAAAUGACAUUUAAAUUUUAAGGUGAUCCCCCUUUAUUCUGAGUGAUCAAAGUAGAUGGCAAUAUUCAGCAGAAAUGUGCUUGCAUGCGCAAUGUAAUCUAUGUGGUUUACUUUGAUGACAAGCUUUUUUCUUGUACCUGACUAUGUUAUAUAUUUUUUAUUUUUUUUUAUAUGUGAAGUGCUUUGUGGUUUUUACCUUGAAAGAUGCUAUGCAAAUAAAGGCAGGUGUUGAGGCCUCCAGUUCUAGUUGCCUGCUCUGUAGCAGGAAAGUUGGAGAACUGAUCUCAUAAACAGCCAAAUCAAAUAAAGUUUGAUUUUAUGGAAAACCUCAUUACCAUCAUUUUUAAACUCGUUAAAGUGUUAUCUUUGUUUAAUCAACAUAUUAGAGAGUUUUAAUAAAGUAACAGUCCUUAAAAUUCUCUAUGUCAGACCAAUUUACUGACAUUCUGAAGUAAGUACAUGCACAGCAUAAACAAAAUUAAAACAUUUAACAUUGAUUUCAAAUAGCUGCGUUUUUAAUUUUAUUUGUGCAUGUGGGAUUGUGGGUAUGUUCUCUGUAUGUGUGGUAGUAUUUUAAUAAUAAUAAUAAUAAUCAAAACAAGUAAAUUAAAAUAAAAAUGUUUUCCUUCGCAGGAGCCAGAAGUAUGGGUUGUUAGUUCCUCAGACUUUGUAAGGGUCUGAAAGACUGAUGUUGUGCUUCUUGUUUUACCCGUUUCCAGUUCAAUCUUGACAAAGACCCUACUGAUGGGUUGUCUCCAGUAGAUGGCAGCAGUGAGUCACCACAAAGGCAAUCCAAGUGUGCGUCUGAGCAGAUGCCUGAUCAAAAUGCAACAGAGCUACAUAAAGUACACACGGUCUAGUUGUUAAAAUGAAUUUAAAAAAGGACAAGCAGUUGCACUUUUUCCAGUUUUCAAAACAAACAACCUGAUAUAAAUAUUCACGGUGUGGGGUGAUCGGCAGUGAAGGAUUUAGGCACAGAUCGUAUUUAACGACGCAGAUUGUUUGUGUCCAACAUCAUGAAAGAAGUAGAUCUUCAACGCAACACCUCUGAAAGUCAACUUAUAGAGAAGAAACAAGACAUUAAUUCUGUCGUUGCUCCUCAGCAGAAGGAUGUUCUUAUAAAGCAAACAUCUGAUGAUCAGCAGCUGGUGGAGGUUAAAGAAGAAGAGGUUCUUGAUCUACAGAGCUCCAGUGUGAACCAUCAUAAACCGGAGCUCAUCAACAUAAAGGAGGAGGAGGAGGAGGUCUGGACCAGUCAGGAUGAAGGGCAUCAUACUGUGAAGAGUGAAGAUGAAGAGAAACCUCAGCUUUUACAUCUUCAUCAAAUCAAAAGUGAAGACAACAGAGAGACAAGACCUCCAACCAGCAGCCCAGCUGAGCAGAUAACAACAGAAAAUGAUAGAGAGGACUGUGGAGGACCAGAACCAGACAGGAACCCAGACCCAAAAACUCAUGUACAACCAAACACAGAUGAAAAGGCUUCUGACUCUUCUGAGACUGAAGCAAGUCAGGAUGAGGAUGAAGGUGAAGAUCACAGUAAAGAUGACUGUGAUGAAACGGUGACAAGCUCUGGAUCUGGAAGUGAAGACAGCGAUGAAGACUGGAUGAAAACCAAACCAACCAGAACAUUUCGAUCAAGAGUAAAAGGCAAAACGAGGCGUCAAAUUAGUAAAAAACCCUUUAGGUGUCCAGAGUGUUUUAAACAGUUCGUCAACAAGUUUUCUUUUCAGAAACACGUGACUUCUCACUCAGGUAAAAGCUCAGCCAGUGUGGGUGAUGAGAAACGUUCUAGAAGGAAGCGAAAAGUAGAUUCAGAAACAGCAGGUAACGCUACCAAAACGUUUACUUGUGAUGAUUGUGGUAAAAACUUUAUCAGUCAAUAUUAUCUAAAAUGUCACAUGAGCAUCCACACAGGGGCAAAACCAUUUUCCUGUGAUUUCUGUGGCAGAACAUUUAAGUGUCUGCAAAUUCUUAAGUGUCACGUUCGACUUCACACAGGUGAGAAACCAUUUGCUUGUGAUAAAUGCAGUAAAACAUUUAGCCAUUUACCCAGCCUCAAGCUUCACAUGACUCACCACACGGGAGAAAGGCCGUUUCGAUGUAAUGUGUGUAAUAACAAGUUUAGCCUACCAGGAACUCUGAAGCUACACAUGACAAUUCAUACCGGAGAGAAACCGUUUGCUUGCAGUAGUUGUAACAGGUGCUUCAGGCUUCGUGGUGACCUUAAAGCACACAUGAUGAGCCACUCAGGAGAGAAACCGUUCAGCUGCAGUCAUUGUGGUGCUAAAUUUGCUCGACAUGGAAGCUUGCUUAGGCAUGCCAGAGUCCACACAGGGGAGAGGCCAUUUCCUUGUGAUAAGUGUGACAAAAGAUUUUUUCAAAAUUCACAUCUUAAAAAACACUCGUCAGUUCACUCCGAUCAGAAAGUUUACACAGUUUAAAGGUCCUGUUCUUGUAAAGCUUGGAUGUGGAAGUAAAUAUUCUUUAGAGUGCAUUACUGUCUUUGCUUCUGAUGAAUGUGAUGAAAGGUGUCUCCAAAAGGCAAGUCGUAUGAAUGCCAUUCCAGCUCACUUAAAAGUGUGGUUCACUUGUUUAAUCAGUGCACUUGCAGUGGUCUCGAGUAGGAAUGAAUGCCUUGAAAGUUGGACUCUGGGAACAAAAGGUCCGAUGCGUCUGCUUCAGGAACUAGAAGUGAGCCACGUCACAGUUGAGUUUCACAUGGCAAGAUUUGGAGUCUCAUUUGCUGAUAUUUGGACGUUAUAAUUGGAUAACCGCUUUCCCUGCCACAAAUCAAGAUGGGUGAGUCCAUGAAUGUAAAGUGACAGUGUGACGUAGAUCUGUCAGGCUUUUCAAAUCCUAGUUUCAUCAUCUAUUUUCUAUGAGAAGCUGAUGCAGGAGAUGGGUGUAGGAGACUGUUUCAUGCUCAGCCUUCAUAAAACACCCAAGAGUGACCGAUUAUAAUCAGAAAUAAUAUUUAAAAAAUGUGUUUUUAGUGAACCACACCUUUCAAAGAGGUUCUAGAAUUCAAAACCACAUUUGCCUUGUUGAAAAUGGGCAGCUUGGGUUUUCAGAUGCAAUAUAACAGGGUUUUUCCUGGCUCAAAUUGAGGCAGAGGUGGUACCAUCCUGACCACGCGCCAGCACAUGCAUACUCUGUGCAUUCAACUGCCUCAAUUUUUAAAGGCAAAAUAUAUUUUCGUUACGUGUUCUAAUCUAAGCUUCUGUUGAUUAAUAGAAUAUUCCAUUUGACUGUGUUUCAAGUGAAACAAAAUUGGUUUGCUGAUAAAAAAUAUGAAAUAAAACAACAAAAUUAUCAGGCUGAAAUAACACUCUUAUUAUAAAAGGCUCAAUAAUAUGCAUUAGAUAGGUGUUUAGUUCCCUUUUUCCCAUCUGAUAUUUGUAGUUUAAAUUAUUUUUAAAUAUUUGACCUACAGUUUUGUAACAUUUAAAGUUUGUUAACUCAAAGUCAAAAUAACAUAAAUAUAUCCAGUAAAUUAUAAUGUAUUUCAUUAACAUGCAUUUGUAUUGGAAAUGAUAACAUUUAAUUUCUGCUGCUAACAAUGUAAUGGUGGCACGUCUAUUAUGUACGGGUUGACAAUAAUCCAGUUCAAAUUAUGUUCAAAGAUAGAAGCGUUUGUGAAUUAUAUACUACAAUGGCUUGCUGUACCUCCUGCUCCUGUGUGUGGAGUAGGCUUGUAACAGUAUUUGUCUUACACGUAACAUACCGUUGUUCAAUAAAGUUCUAGGGAAAAUAGUAAGAUGUUGCACCAGUGCUACGUUUAAAAAUAGACAGACACGCACAGGCAGUUUUUUUCGUCGCACUGUACAGCUCUGAUAUGGAAGAGCCUGGGGUAAAAUCAGGAUGUCAAUAGUACCAUCCAUAGAUAUGUACCAACCGAUGGUACCAACUAGCGAGAAAAGCUAUUUUUGAUCUUCUUUUUCUGCAGCAGUUUUAGCGCUUUCCGGUGCACCGCUGCUGGUACAGCGCCCCUGUAGUGGCGCAACGCUGCAACUGCAGUUAAAAUAACAUCUAUGUAGCUGGGGGCAGCAUGAAAUCAGGCUGGGGCGGCUGCCACGCAAAUUUGAACGCAGGAAAAACCCUGUAACAAAAUGACUGUCUGCUUUUCUAUGCAAAUUAGUAAUAUUGUUAUAGCAACAGAAAAAUGAUUCAUUCUUAAAAAAUCUCCUUUAACUCAUUAUGAAGCCACCCCUUUAAAUGAGUAUGUUCCAACCCAAAGUUAGUCACAGUUAUGCUAACUGCAGAGCAGUGCUAGCUUAAGCUACUGCUAACAUCCUUGUUGGAUGAGAGGACAACACUAAGAAGAUUGGAGCACAAUGCAGGAUGUACUGGUAAUGUCCAGACUUUGAAUAAAUGUCAGACAGAUCCAUAGCUUGCCUAUUUACUCAUCCGGAUAAUGUACACAGUUUCUAGCUUCAGGCAAAAUCAUGGAGCUAUUGGGGUUAACUGGUCAAUCAGCUGAUUGGCUGCAAACCAUUAUAGAAUUGUAUUUGACCAUUUAUCAAAGCCCCUGGGCCAUUUUGAACCCCAACAAAAUUUUAAGUACUUUAUGGAGGCUGAAAGAACAUUUUCCAGUUGUAUGUAUAUACACAUAAGCAUUGUUUUAGGACUCCUUUAAGAGAUUCAAAAUAAGUUGUGCUUCACCAAUGUUUGCCAGAACUUUAAAUGUUUAAUUCAUUCUUGGUUAGAUUAAUUUCCACUAUCUCUUAAGGUCUUGGUAGAUAAGGUCUCCCAACACUUCACUGCUGAUCAGCUGCUCAGAAGGGAACUUGGCUCCAGAAUAGUUGUGGAAAACAGUCAAUAAAAGUGUAACUUUUAUACUUGAGGUGUGGUUAAACUUGCCUUAAUUUAUUCAAGAUACCAGAAAAUUUCAUUUAAUUUAAUACAUUUAGUUUUUAUAUUUCAAAUGUUUCAGAUGUUUUUUUAAUAAUCUCAUUUUUUGUUUAUUUGAAAACUGGGGAACUAGGCAGUUUUGGCUUGCUUUAAGCACCUCAUAGUGUCUGUCUGUAGAACUGAAAACAAAACCUCUUCCAGCUGUGCGUUCACCUUUUUAACGCCUUAAUCUAACAGCUGAAACAUCACCUCAAUCUUCUUUAGUGUCUACAGGAGUGAUUCAUCAUUAAAUGAAACAAUCAGCUGUGUUUACGAUCUAAAACAUGCAGGAACCAGACUGCAGUGCCAGGAAUGUCAGCUCAAUUGCCGCCAGUCUGAAGUUGCAAGUGAAAUAUUCUGGCCACAUGGGGCAAUAGGGCUGGGUGGCCUUUCAUGAAGCCUAAAGGGUCAUUUUGGAAAAUAUUGACUCAAGAAAAUAAUUAAAAAAUAUGAAAAGGUUGUAAAGUAUCCCUUAAAUGAAGCCAACCUACAUCAGUCAAGAGCGACUGAAAGGCUCUCUAAAUCGGUGGCGGAUUUAGCAAUUUGGGAGCCCAAGGCGAGCACAGACAUGGGGCUCCCUUACACUAAAUUUUCGACAAUGUUACCUUUAACUGGUUUUGCGAAACUCCCCUCUUCUGCCAUGAGUUAUUUUCCCAUCCUCCUCUUUUUUCUCUCCCUUUGAGUGCUUUCAAUAUUUGCUCAGCUUUCUUCUUCCUGUCAGUGCUCCUGUGCUUUUGCCUUUCUUUUUUUCUACUAUUUUCCAUUUUGGUCCAUGUUUUCCUUCCUUUAACAUUUUCAAUUGUCUUUUUCUGCUUCCUUUUGAUGUUUACUUAGAAAAACGACGUCUCAUUUGGAAGUGAAGAUAAAAGCUUUUUUAAAGCAAGCUGCUUCUUUCUCUUAUUGGAGCCACCAGGAUAACUCCAUUACAUGCUUAAUGUUUUGACUACCGCUUCUAGUUUGUUACGAACACUCCCGCCCCUCUCUUCUUCUUCUUCUUCUUCUUCUUCUUCUUCUUCUCCUUCUUCUUUGUGGUCUUAUGGCACUUGGCAAACAACAAUUUGGUGCAUUACUGCCACCAACUGGAUUGGAGUGGAAUGACUACCAUUUGCUUCCUGUUUGUGAAUCGGCAUCUUAAAGGAAUAGUCCAUUGUGGGAUUAACAGAGGGGUGCCGGUGGUCAGGGCGAGGGGGCCCCCUUAUGUUGGGGGCCCCAGGCGGCCGCUGACCUAUGCCUAAUGGUAAAACCGCCACUGCUCUAAAUAAAGUAAAUAAAAGCUGAUUAUAUUAUUAUCAAGAAAUAUGAAUAUAAUUUCUUUAGUUUACUUUCUUCUAUUGACUUUUGAGUGAUUAAAAAUGUGUUUUAACUAUUUAAACAACAUUUUAGUGAGUCUUGAUGCUGAUUAAAUGUUUUCAAAAAGUAUUUUAAUGAUUGUCAAACAACUUGGUGAAAAAAUAACUGCAUCAAAGUCUGCUAUAACACAGAGUUGUCUUGUAUAAGUGAUGUGUAUCCAGCAAAAUGAAAUUAAAAACUAGGAACCUGAGCCAGACACAUAUUUGAGUUACUUGUCAUUCUUUGCAACCAUUAUCACUUUUCACAAGAUCAACAAGCAGCUUCCUGAAAACAUCUCUAUAUCCGUUUACACCCCUAUCUGCCAUAUGCCUAUAGCCUACAUGCCAUUCAUUUUAUUUAUAUUCUAUGAAAAUUAUGUUUUUUUAUAUUAAAAGGAAAAAAAAAAAGGGCAAAAAAAUCUUUUGUCUGAUUUUUGUCGUUGAUGUGUUUUGGCCAAUGUUUUAUUCUGGCCACUUUAGGCCUAGUCCACACCUAGCCGUUUUUUUUUUAAACAAAUAUCCGCCCCUCCAAAAACUUGCAUCCACACCACCUUGUUUAAAAUAAAAACUCUGUCCACACCAUGGUCCACACGUAGCCGGAUAAAUACGUUGUUAAGGACAUGCCAGACCUGUAGGCGGCAGUACUUCCCCCAUUCUUAACCUCGUCCUUUGUCUGUGGUCUUCCGCAAGGAGCAGUAAUUCCGCUUGCAAAAACAAACAAGCAGAAAGCGCUUGGACAAUUGAUAAAGCGAGUGCAGCUCUGAGGGCAUCCAUGCUGUCGGCUAGUGUAAACACAGGUCGCACACGUGAUGUCAGCAUUUUUUUUUGUUGUGGAAAGUGAUGUUAUGGAACUUAAAACUCCGGUUUUGUCUGUCCACACGCAGACACCCAAAACGGAGAAAACGCAGAUCUUCACAUUGGCCGGAGUUUUUAAAAAGAUCAGUUUUCGUGUGAAAAAACUACGUUUUUGUGUGGAUGACAGGCCAAAACGUAGAAAAAUAUCUACGUUUUGGCAGAUCCCCGGCUACGUGUGGACAGGGCCUCAGUUCCUGAUUGACCAACUCAUCCAGGUUGUAUGCCUGAUUGAAUCCGAGUGGUAUAAGGCUAUAGUAAAUAUCUUCUUUACUAUAUAUUUGUGAUUUUAAUAAAUGAGCUUUAUCUUAAUUUGCACUGCUCACCUAAUCUGUUGUGUUGGUAAAGAUAAAAUAUUGUUUUGUACUCAUUCUGUUGCAGUGUUUACCAGGUGUAUAGCACUUACUUAUACUUCAUUGGUUUGAAACAUGCUUUACAGCUGCAAGAAGCUUCUAUACGUUAGCAAACCCUGCAGGACUGGUUUCCAUCAGAGGUCUGUUUAUCAUAACCUCGGUAUUUUAUACGUGUUUUGUAUAACGUGAUGGUAGAAACAUCUAGAAAUUUAGAUUGUGAGCUUUGCAGUGAAAAGGCCAGGUUGUAUUUCUCAUUGUCUUUCUUUUUUAUUUUAUGUAACCUAUCUUUAAACACUGUGUGAAUGGUCAGACUAAACCAAACAUUGCAUUUGCAGCCUUCGUGUGUGUGUGUGUGUGUCUGUCCAGAUUGCUCUACUUGGAAAAAUCUAAAUUGUUAUAAGAAAUAUUUAAUAUUGUUGCCCUAACAUUUUAUUUGGCGAACAUGGUUUCAUCCCAGCUGCAACUUAAAACCUUUCAUUUAUUUCUUGAAUAACUGAAAUAUGCAGCCUAAAUAAACUUGUUCGCUUGAUUCCAGUGGAAGCUGUAGGACAGGUUUUUCCACAGCCUGAUUUUACAGAUGGGUUGAGUUUAUGCUGAGUGAGAGCUGAGAGGAAGCAGUUAGCUCAUCAGGAAGACCAGCUCUGUACUGGAAUGUCCCCUCGACCCAGUGCAGUUGGUGGGAGACAGAAAACUCCCAUACAAGGCAUGAAGCUGUGACUGACAACAUGUCUGCUUCUUCAGGGACAGGCUGUUGCAUCCUUAUUGUUAAAAAGGAAUAGUAAUUUACAAUGAGGGCUCCUUUAUUAAUGUCACUUAGUGCGUUAUCAAGCAUUAAUUAACAACGUAUGAACAACGGUUUCAUAUUAACUAAUGCAUUACUGAGUAGAUACCCUGCCUGGCUCUUUGUCCUAAACUUAAGUACACUCAAUAGUUAAGUUAUCAGAGUUGUUAAUGGGGACUUUUGUUUAUUAAUACUUAAUAAUGCGCUAAGUGAUGUUAAUAAAGGAGCCCUCAUUGUAAAAUGUUACAAAAGGAAUUUUACCAUAAACCUUCCUCACAGACUUUAUCCCUUCCACUGCUCCCAACAAACCCUAUAGGUGUUUAUAUUCUUGCUGUUAUUUGCAAAUUUCUUUUCAUUUUUUGUAGUUUGUUGUUUUUUUUUUUUUGCUGCACAACUCUUUACUGUGCAUGUUUUUAUUCUUUUUCUCUAUUUUUCUUUUACCAUUGUGUGGACAGCUGGUGCACCUGGAUUUCCCCACCAUGGGAAUGCAUGUUUGAAAAAAAAAUUAAAUAGUGAGACGUGUUUUUUUGGCUAUCUUUGAAUCUCAAUUUAUUUUUCUUGCAUUGCAAGACAAGGCACCCUACAUUGAGCAGGAACAACACAGGAAUGUUUAUAUGCAGUAGUAAUUAAUAAACAUUUGAUACCGUUA